GUCAUGUGAUAAGUCAUGUGGUCAUGUGAUGUACACGGAAGUGCAACUCCUCUGCACCGCAGUUGUCAGUAGUUUUAGAACCGGUCUACACCGUUUACUUCUAGUAGUAUAUUCAAGUAGCCUAGGUUAGUAGUGGUAGUAAGUUCGUAUCUACUCCUCUCUGCGGUCAUGUUAUUGUUGAGUGUUGUGAGCAGUGUAUGUCUGCUCCUACUAGCGACGCUACAGGCAGAGGUGGUACAAUGUGACGCCGAAUUGAACAUAUCUACAGAUGAGAAUAUCGGACAACUCGGGAAGUAUUCGCUGCAGCUGGUGACUAACUCAUCCAACGGCACUGAGCUGACCUACGGCUUCAUCUCCUGCGGGGUGGCCGUUCUGUUUUACGGUUCUAACUUUGUCCCCGUGAAGAAAAUACCUACCGGAGACGGUCUGUUCUUCCAGUGGGUGCUGUGUGCAGCAGUCUGGAGCGUCUCUCUGGUGGUCAACAUUAUUCUGGGGUCUCCUACCUUCUGGCCUCUAGCCAUGCUGGGGGGGGCUAUCUGGGCUACAGGGAACAUCACGGUGGUCCCCAUAGUGAAAACCAUCGGUCUGGGUCUGGGCCUCCUCAUCUGGGCCUCAUUUAACCUCCUCAUGGGAUGGGCUAGCUCCAGGUUUGGCUGGUUUGGGAUCGAUGCUGAGGAAGUUUCUAAUCCAACACUCAACUACUGUGGAGCAGGAUUAUGUCUGCUCAGUGCUGUAAUCUUCUUCUUUGUGAAGAGUGAUGUUCACAGUCAGUCCUCCAGACCAGAGGAAGAGGAGCCACUACUCAUAGACGGCCGUGUUAAUGCAGAUGGCGUGACGUCGUCUGAUGACUCGUGGGUCGACACACUAAGGCCGCGGACCAAACGACUGGUUGGUUCUCUCCUAGCUGUGGUAGCUGGUUUGUUGUACGGUACAACUUUUGUUCCAGUUCUCUACAUUAAGAACCAUGCAGCACAUCAUGACAGCCGCUUCACUGGGGCAAGCCAGUUUGAUCUGGACUAUGUGUUUGCCCAGUUCAGUGGGAUAUUCCUGACCAGUACUGUCUACUUCCUGAUCUACUGCGCUGCCAUGAAGAACACACCUAGAAUCUACCCUGGAGUUAUACUACCUGGCUUCGUCUCUGGGGUGAUGUGGGGUGUUGCUACCUGCUGCUGGUUUCUGGCCAACACCUACCUGAGUGCUGUGGUCAGUUUCCCCAUAAUAACCACAGGUCCUGGUCUGAUUGCAGCACUUUGGGGAGUCGUGGUUUUUAAGGAGGUUAAGGGUUGGUGUAACUUCCUCAUCCUGGGUAUGGCGUUCUCAUUGGUUCUAGCUGGAGCCCUGCUGACAGCCUUCUCUAAGGUGUAAUACACAAACACACCUUCUCUAAGGUGUUAUGACUUUCCUCCAGACACACACUCAGGGAACCAUGGUGAAGAUGAGGAAGGUGAUGGGAUGAUGAAGAUGUUUACUGUACUCCAAUAGGGAACCGUCUUAACUUAACUGAUGCACUUUUCAACCAGUUUCUAUGGAAAUAAUUUCUAGUUAGUCUCUAAUGGAUUUCAGUCUGUAAUAUUUGAAUCUUUGAUAAAAAUCAUUUGAGAUGAAUUCUUGGAAAUAGACAAAGGGAUCAUUUUUAUAAAGUUAGUUUUUCCACUGUAGAGUUAUCUAAUGUGAUGAUAUGUGAUGAUACAGCCAGUGGAUGAGAGGGGUAGGGUUAACUGUAGAGUUAUCUAAUGUGAUGAUCUGUAAUCAGGGCCUGAAACUAACUUUUUGGUCCACCAGCCACUGUGGCAGAUUUGUAAUGUGAGCAUGCUUUGUAAUGUGAUCAUGCUUUGUA